CUUUGUAUUUUUUUUCGGUUUCGUUUGGAGUCGCGUCGAUCGCAUAAAUGGAAGCCACACGAGUAGUGCUCACUGGCUCUACGCCAAUGAAGAAACCACCUAAACCGAAAUGUCAAUCAUAUAAUCAAAUCUAUACCUGGGCUCGCAUCAGAGAAGCUAAAGAAGUCUUGCUCUUUCUAUCCAUCUUCAUGUUCGUUCUGUCCGUGAUCUUUCAGGCGAGAUUAGGCGUUGAUUUUGUAUUCUGGUCCAAUCGCGUGCUUUUCAAGACCAUCUACUUCUCCCUGAUUCUGUUUAUCGCGGUCUUGCCCCUUUUUAUCAUCCGUUUCAUUACUGUGACAGAUAAACCUAAUGUGUCUCCCAGUGCAGCAGCCGACAUCAUUUUAACGUUAUCGCAAAAAGAUAGCUGGACCACCACUGUCUUUUACGUAUUAUCGAGCGUCACCGUUUUCUAUGCCUACUUUGGAUACCUUCACGAAGAAAAGUACACUUCGCGCUUUCUGGUGCAACCCUACGGACAAUCGCAAAUCGCAGCUCAACAGUUGAAUCAGGAGCAUGUGUUCAUCGUUCUCUAUGCCGUUGUCCUUGGUGCUUGCUUUUCCUUUAAGCGUAUUUUCGAACAACGCAUGUUCCAGCCUAUUCCCUCGGUGCAGCAACCCACGUUCUUUGCCGUGAAAGCCACCCUCCCUUCUGUUGCACGUAGAGAAUUCAAGUGGGCGGCACGCUUGUUCCUCAUCGUCUACGCUAUCUUUGUGGUGUUCAACGGAACGGUUUACCAUGUGGUUGCAGAUGCAUUGGGAAGUUAUACCAGAAUACUCGAUUCGCCAUUGAUUCAUUUCCGGUGGUACGAUGUCUAUCUGUUUUCUCGUAUGCUUUUGGCUGGCUUUUUAUGCAUCUUGGUUUGGGAAUUGGUUGAUCGUACGUGCGAUGUGUGCUUUCACAAGAAUGAUAUGCCUACCCAACAUUACGAAAACGUCUACGAAUGCUUGUUACAGGGGCUUCAAGAGAAAAAUAAUGCAAUGGUUCGCUCCUACGCUUAUGCCGAGCUUGCGCGCAUUGCUUGCAAAGGCAAAAAGGUCCGUCCCCUCCUUUUCGAAAAUGCGGGUGAUAAGCCAUCCGAGUCGUUGUGGGCAAAGAUUUCUGGUGAAUGUAUUCAAACCGUCAAGUCUUUGGAAGAACUCAUUGAUUUGGAAUACGGUGCGAAGAAACCAGCUGCCCAACCUGUUACUGCCAAUCCUGCUGUGGCGCCUCCGCCUAAAAAUUUGAUUCAGCUCGUGGAUAAGAAUGUUUUCGCUGCUCCUCGCAUGGAUGCCAAUCCCUUGGAUGACCGAACCAGCUGCUUAUUUUCUCAUAUUUCAGCCAUGGCCAAUGAUACAUUGCCAUCGCCUCCACUUGUAGCCAGUUUGUCGCAACAAGUUCGGGCUCUUCCGAACCACCCAUUUGCGCGUUUCCUCAACAGCUUGGAGAUCAGGUGUCAGAAUAUUAAAUAUGUAAAGGGAAUUUUCGCUAUUCAAAAGGAACGCAAAAUGCGCCAAGUAUUCCGCAACCACAGAGUCAUCAUUUGGGCUAUUCAAGCCUUGGGAUCUUUUGUGUCGGCAUCCAGCAAAGAAGAUCCCUACGGUUACGUGCAACGGGACAUUGGCAAGGUGCUUGAUACUUUGUUGAGCUGCCUGAUGACCACUGAAAAAUACACGCAAAAUCCUCCGCCGCAAUAUGCAAAUUUCGCGUCUCGAUCGAAUGGACGAGAUCUUAUCAUGGAGAUUCACAUGGUUAAUCUCGCUCUCUGUGAAGCCCUGUAUCAGAUUCGCACAACGUACGAAGGUUAUCUGGACGAGAUUCAAGUGCAGAAGGGAUAUCAACCACUGUGGAAUGAAUUCAUUACAUUCAACAAAGUAGCUGCAUAAAAAAAACAAUAUGCAUAAAGUACAACUGUAUAUAACGUCUCCAUGAUUACAAUAAAAUAAGAAAAAGUUU